GACUGUCUGCAGGGGAACUUGAAGUCACUUCACCUCAGUCGCGUGGCGGCUGUUAACGAGCGCGGGAAAACUCCUCGAAACUUCUGAAAACAACAACAACAACAACAACACCCCUUUUAAAAGCUCGCCUGACGUCGCAGCCAUGCGAGACCGAGCGCGCGCGUCCGUCGCCUGUUUGAGCUGAACAAAGUCGCAGUGAGUGUUGGAGGAGGAAGAAGAGGAGGAAGAGGAGUGUGGUGUUUUUUGUUCUUGCUGUUGUUUUGAAUGGGUUUAGACGUGUGCGCUCUGGGUUUGCUCGGAUGGGAUGCACCGUGAGCUUCAUCUUCUGUGAGGAGGACUUGCUGCAAAUGCCUAUUUGCAUAAAUGAGGAAGAAGAGGAGGAGAAGGAGGAGACGACUACGAAGAAGAAGAAAAAGGUGAAGGAGAAGAGGAGCCCCAAGAAGCCGGACGAGCUGGAGGCUCUUCACUCCCACACCUUCCGGGUGAAGACAUUCAAGAAGGCCAAGCACUGCGGCGUCUGUAAAGCGACCAUCGGCCCAGACGGACUCAUCUGUCGAGUGUGCCGGAUAGCAUGCCACAAGAAAUGUGAAGUCAAGGUUUCUUCAUCUUGUGUUCCAGCAACAAACUAUGAGCUGGCGGCGACCAGCGACCUCCCUCUCCAACAUGUAGACCCCAUGGGCUCAACGAAGUCUUCAAAGAGCAUGGAGUCCCGCCGCAGACCCUCGAGGAGCGCCAGCCUGCUGCAGGCCCUGGAGGAGGGCUACGAGCUGGACCUGGUCUACAUCACGGAGAGGAUCAUCUCCGUGUCGUUCCCCGGCGGCGUGGAGGAGCCGGGCUACGCCGCCAACCUGAGGGAGGUGGCGUCCAUGCUGCGCUCCAAGCACGGCCACAGCUACCUGCUCUUCAACCUCAGUGAGAAACGUUACGACAUCAGCCAACUCAAUCCUAAGGUGUUGGACUUCGGCUGGCCGGACCACCACGCUCCGGCCCUGGAUAAGAUCUGCAGCAUCUGUAAGGCCAUGGACACGUGGCUGAGCGCGGACAGCCACAACGUGGUGGUCAUCCAUAACAAGGGCAACCGGGGCCGGACCGGAGUGGUGGUGGCGGCCUACAUGCACUACAGCAACAUAUCAGCCAGUGCCGACCAGGCGCUGGACCGCUUCGCCAUGAAGCGCUUCUACGAAGACAAAGUGCUUCCUGUGGGCCAGCCGUCCCAGAAAAGGUAUGUGGAGUACUUCAGCGGCUUGCUCUCCGGACACAUCAAGAUCAACAACAAGCCGCUGUUCCUCCACCACGUCAUCAUGCACGGCAUCCCCAACUUCGAGUCCAAAGGAGGUUGUCGUCCUUUUCUCAAAAUCUACCAGGCCAUGCAGCCCGUGUACACGUCUGGGAUCUACAAUGUUCAGGGCGACAGUCAGACCAGCAUCUGCAUCACCAUUGAACCCGGCCUCCUCCUGAAAGGGGACAUUCUGCUCAAGUGCUACCACAAGCGUUACCGCGGCCCGUGCCGAGACGUGAUAUUCCGGGCGCAGUUUCACACCUGCGCCGUUCACGACCUGGGGAUCGUGUUCGGGAAGGACGAGCUGGACGAGACGUUCAAAGACGAUAGGUUUCCAGAAUAUGGGAAAGUGGAGUUUGUUUUCUCCUUUGGACCGGAGAAAAUACAUGGUCAAGGUGUGGACCAACUGGAAAACGGUCCGAGCGUCUCCGUGGACUACAACACGCAGGACCCCCUGAUCCGCUGGGACUCGUACGAGAACUUCAAUCAGAACUGUGAGGACGCCGGCGACGAAGUCAUCCACACCGAGGGACCCCUGGACGGCAGCCUCUACGCCAAAGUUCGUAAAAAGGAGUCCGUCGAGGGAUCGGUCACGGCGAACGGCCUCCCGCCCGCCGCUGCCGAACACGCCCUGCCCGCGGUCGACCACGCCUUGUCAGUGAGCAGCGACUCGGGCAACUCGACCGCCUCAAUCAAGACUGACCGAACUGAUGAAGUGACGGCGGCUGCCCCGGCUUCCGCGGUGAGCCAGACGCACGUUCCUGUUGGCGAGGGGCGACCCUCCUCGGACCAUCACCACGCCCCUCCUGCACAACAAGCCAUCAGUCCCCAAGAGAAACAGGAGCUGGAGCAGCUGCUGAGCGGCUUGGAGGGGCCAAUGCAUCGGCAGGGCUACCUGUGCAGCCCGCCCUCUGCUGUUGGAGGCAUGCUUCACCUGGUUCCUGCGCAGGUCCACGUCAAUGGCAACAGUAGCCUUGACCGCGAGACGGACAUUUUAGACGACGAGCUGCCGAUCAGUCAAGAAGGCAACAGCGUGGACAGUCUCGGGACAUUCUCCUCCACGGACGGUCGGGCUACACCCGCUGAUCUUUACGACCAGCCCGAGUCACUCGUCGAUGGCCAGGACCAUGUGCCGUAUCUGGAGUGCAGCGUCCCGGUGAAGCAUCUGGAAGCCAUCCGGCCGCAGGCUGCCUCGUUCAACAAACCUGUUGCCUUGACGCAAAGCAAUCUAAACCACUCUCUGUCAUUUGGUGCGGAGCCAAAUUCUUUGCCACAAGCUCCCGCCCGCACCACCAGCAGCAGGGAGGCCGUCCAGCGUGGUCUCAACGUUUGGCAGCAGUUCGGCGUCCCAGAGGAACCAGUAACUGAAGGCUUCACUUUCAGCCCGCCUCCGUCUGUGGCGGUGAUGUCCAGCCACCACAGCCUCCCGCAAUUCCCUCAUCGCCACAGCGCAUCCCAGCAGGAAAUUGAGCAAUCUAUUGAAACUCUUAACCUCCUCAUGUUGGACCUGGAGCCAGGCCGCCCGCUGGUGCCAAAGUCCCAAAGUGCUCCGCUGCGGGAGAACAAUUUCGUCGUGACCACCCAGCCGUGCUUCUCCCAGAGCCAACCCAGGCCCUCCACCAAGGCCGAUGCCACCGUUCACACCCACUCCUCUGGUCCCAGCCAGUCCAGUCACUCGUUGCAGGCUCUGAUAUCACCUGGGAAGCCCAGUACACCGGAGCCUGUACCUGCCCAUGGAUCUCUGGGUUACACAUCGGAGAGGGCUGGAACCAGUCCUUCCCAGAAUGCCUCCCCCGCUGUAGUUGGUCACUUCCAACUCAAGCCCAUCAACAGCUACCCGCCAAGCACAUUGUGUCAGUCCGGAGAGGUCUCUGAGCCCCAGAGGAGCCCGAGCACGACCUCGGCAUCACCCCAGCCGAGAGAAAGUGAGCAAGAUGAAGUCGUCAACGUUGACGGGCUGGUGGCCCAAAGAGUGGCAGAAUACUCGGCUCGCGUCCAAAGUGUCAUCCCCGACACGACCUCUUCUCAGUCCGAGCACCACCGUUCUCACUCCCUCACGGGUGUCCAGGCCCGAGCCGUGACCUUGGACGAGACUGCCGCCUUUCCCCGCCAUCACAUCGCCGGCGACGGCCAGUUCCAGAACGGUCCCAACAUCGACCCCUCUGCAGACGUCCCACUGCGGUCCCCUGUCCGCUGUGUUUCUCCGGAGUUCGUCAACGCCAUCGCGAUGAACCCUGGCGGACGACCUAAGGAGAGACACAUGCACAGCUACCGCGAGGCCUUCGAGGAGAUGGACGGUGGCCCCGUCAGUCCGACACCCGUAGUUGGUGGUGAGGUGUUUCCCCAAACCCCCGCCUUCCCCAUCUCACCGCAAACCCCUUACUUCAACCUGUGCCGCUCCCCUCCUGGUCUUGCCCGGACCCCGCUGUCGGCACUGGGCCUGAAGCCUCACAACCCGGCGGAGAUCCUCCUCAAUCAAACAGGCUCAGCACCGAGAAGCUACGUCGAGUCCGUGGCGAGGUCGGCCGCCGGAGAGCAGUCGACGUUACCCAGGAGCCUCAGCCCACUGGAAGAGACUACAGCCCAGCAGAGGAGUCUGAGUCCCGCCUCCCACACGCUGAACUCACCUUUGUCCAGCAGCAGCCCCAUCCAGAGCUCACAGGGCGAUCACCCCAGCAACGUUAGCACUCCGUCCCAACCCACUACUGAUUCGGGCUUCCGCUCCCAGGCCACAGAGAGUGCCUACCCCACUCCCACCCCCUCAUAUCAAGCCCUGAACACCCCCACUUCUUCCUACCUGGAUUCCAGCUCUCCGACCUCUUCCUACUUUGGCACCACCACCCCUACGCAAUCCUACCUUGGCACCACCACCCCUACGCAAUCCUACCUUGGCACCACCACCCCUACGCUAUCAUACCUUGGCACCACCACCCCUACGGUAUCCUACCUUGGCGCCACUACCCCUACGGUAUCCUACCUUGGCACCACCACCCCUAUGGUAUCCUACCUUGGCACCACUACCCCUUCGGUAUCCUACCUUGGCGCCACUACCCCUAUGGUAUCCUACCUUGGCACCACCACCCCUACGCAAUCCUACCUUGGCACCACUACCCCUUCGGUAUCCUACCCUGGCGCCACUACCCCUACGGUAUCCUACCUUGGCGCCACUACCCCUAUGGUAUCCUACCUUGGCACCACCACCUCUACGCAAUCCUACCUUGGCACCACUACCCCUUCGGUAUCCUACCCUGGCGCCACUACCCCUACGGUAUCCUACCUUGGCACCACCACCCCUAUGGUAUCCUACCUUGGCACCACCACCCCUAUGGUAUCCUACCUUGGCACCACUACCCCUAUGGUAUCCUACCCUGGCGCCACUACCCCUACAGUAUCCUACCUUGGCACCACCACCCCUAUGGUAUCCUACCUUGGCACCACCACCCCUAUGGUAUCCUAUCUUGGCACCGCUAAACCUACGCAAUCCUACCUUGGCCCCAACACCCUGCUGGGGAGCAAUGCGGCCUCAGACCCGAGCCCGCCCACCCCAGAUCCUUCCCAGGCAACGCUGAGCCAUGGAAGUCCCCAUGCGCAGCACCGGACCAACAUCCUCGGCUCCGCCUACAACCCCCUCCUCCAGCAGCGCUUGUGUGCUAUGCAGGAGGGUCCUAUCAUGAGCCAGCAAACAUCUCCAGCUAACGGCUUUGAUGUGGGUAUGGAAGGUCUCAGUGGCAGUCCCACUCUUGGUCGUCAUCUGUCUCAAGGAGCCCUGAGCAGCCCGGUCCUCAGCAGACAGGCCUCUUUGGGUCAGGUGUCUCAGCGGAGCCCGGUCCUCAGCAGGCAGCCGUCCCUGGGUCAGCCCAUACAGAGCAGCCCCGUGCUCAGCCGACAGCCGUCUAUCGGAAGUCCAGUUUUGGGCCGUCACCCAUCUGUAUCGCAGGUAUCCCAGAGAAGCCCCAGUCUGGACCGUCACCCCAUGCACAGCGGUUACACCACCCCGGACGAAAGACAUGGGAACCUGUCGCGACAGAGCAGCUCAUCGGGCUACCAGGGACCGCCCACUCCCUCCUUCCCCAUCUCACCUGCAUGCUACCACGAUGGGGGGAUGAUGGGGAUGGGCGUAGGGUUCCGGCAGGGCAGUCCAGCCCCUGGUUUCCAGCCCCAGCUUCCAGAGAAGAGGCGCAUGUCGAGCGGCGAUAGGCCAAACGCGGCGCCGUCCUACGGCACGCUGAACGGGAAGAUAAUGUCCCCAAUGAGUGGAGGAAGCAAUCCCAGCUACUUCCACACCCUCUCCGACUUCUCAAGGUUCAACAUGUCCGAUGGAAGUCCUGAGAGCAGGCUGAAUGUCAAGUUUGUCCAAGACACGUCCAAGUUCUGGUACAAGCCAGACAUUUCCAGGGAUCAAGCUAUCGGCCUGCUGAGAGAGAGGGAGCCCGGAGCCUUCGUCAUCCGGGACAGUCACUCGUUCAGGGGGGCUUACGGCUUGGCCAUGAAGGUGGCGUCUCCUCCACCCUCAGCGCAUCAGAGCAAGAAAGGUGACAUCACCAACGAGCUGGUGAGGCACUUCCUGAUCGAGAGCAGCUCCAAAGGAGUGAAGCUGAAGGGUUGUCCCAACGAGCCUUACUUCGGCUGUCUGUCGGCCCUGGUCUACCAACACGCCAUCACACCGCUGGCCCUGCCCUGCAAACUACUCAUCCCCACCACAGAUCUCAUCGAGGAGGCUCCAGAUGUAGCCGCACCAAAUCCUCUGGCUGAAAGACUGAAACAAGGAGCAGACAACACCCUUGUUAACCCAGUGCAGAGGGCCCCUGCUGAUUCCCAUGCAUGCAACGUGCUCUACAUCAACUCGGUGGAGAUGGAGUCCCUGACGGGCCCCCAGGCCGUCGCCAAGGCCAUCUCGGAGACGUUGGCGGCCGCCUCCCCGGCCACCGCCACCGUCGUGCACUUCAAAGUGUCUUCGCAAGGCAUCACGCUGACCGACAACCAGAGGAAGCUUUUCUUCCGGCGCCACUAUCCCACCAACACGGUCACGUUCUGCGACACCGACCCUCAAGACAGGAAGUGGAACAAGCCCGAGGGUGGAGCCGCCAAGCUGUUUGGCUUCGUGGCCCGUAAGCAAGGCAGCACCACGGACAACGUCAGCCACCUCUUCGCCGAGAUCGACCCCGACCAGCCGGCCGGCGCCAUCGUCAACUUCGUCUCCAAGAUGAUCGUCUCGCAGAAACGAUGAGAGGGCUGACGGCAAACACCCCCCCCCCUUCACCCCCCGGCACUUUUUGUUGUUUUUUUGUUUCCUUUUUUUUUAACGACGGACACUUACUUUCUGCUUUUGGACAAUUCAGCAUUCUGUUUUUCUUUUCUUUUCGUGUCACCUUAUUUUCUUCCUGCUCUUUUGACUUUUUUUUUUAACGUGCAUGUCCGUGUGCGAGAGACCGAGAGCGUGUGUGUUGUGUUCUGUUGUGUUCGGAGUGUGUGUGUGUGUGUGUGUGCAGCUUGCAUGCUGUGUGCUUUUCUUCUCGGACGGACUACUCCAGAAUGGACCAGAGGAAGUGCAGAGAUGGGGGCGUGGCAACGGGGACGGGAGGCGACUCUGAACCUCCCGGUGCAGGGUAACGCGUGAGCGGGGAACGAGGGAAUGACGUUGUGUAUGUGUGUGUGCAAGUGUUAUUUUUUUAUAAAGAAGAAAGAAAAAAAAAGAAGUUGUGUGACGUCAAAAAGGUGGAUUGUAAAUCUAUCAACCAAAGAUUUGAAAAGGAAAAAAAAAGUAGUCAGGGCGCGCGUAGUGCGCCACUGUCGGAGGGUCGGAAGUAUUCCUUUGUAAAACAAAUAUGGCUGCUUCAUCAAAAAAUACUGUUUCUUUCUGUAUGUACUGAUACUGUAGGUCAAUUAUGCGGCGUCGCCAUUUUGCAAACGACCUUUUUGCGAGCCGGCGUGUGGUCCGUGUACAUAUUCUCGAUUUUUGCUUCAUGAGUAGGACUGUUCUAGAUGACAUGCGGUGCCUGACUUUCUUUUGUAAUGCAAGAGCUUCGUGUGUGUGGGGGGGGGGGAGGAAAAAAAGUAAGAAGAAGAACGUAAAAACUCUCCCUGGGCUGUGUUUUAAAUAUCUUGUGUCUCUUAAGACGUCGUGCCUCUGAAGUGCAGCUAGCGUCUGUUAUGCGAUGAUCUCCAAAACGCGGAGAGGAGAGGAAGAAGUAGCUCCGCCGCCUGCCGUCGUUCUCCGUUCCGCUCGACACCCGGAGGGACGAAAAGAAGCCGUAGAAAUGCGACUUCCGGCGGGGCCCUGAUCAGACACGGAGCGCUAACAUUAGCCAAACGCAAAACUGUACGCUUGCUAACGGUUACUCGUACACUUUAAAUGAAUGUAGUUGCCAUGAGCUGCUUCCUGUUCAGCUCAUGGCAACUAUUUACAUAUUAUCGUGCUGCUUUCACAACAAAAGCGUUGCAAUAUUGUUCGAUCCCAGAAGAAAAGUCAACGUACAGACGCGAGUGGUUGCGACUGACGCACAUUUUUUAAGCUAAUCACGAGGGCGUUAGAUGUUCCAACGUUGGUGGGAUGUCCUCAACAAGUAUAAAGCAGAACUAGUGGUUAGUUCUUCCGUAGUGGAUGAAGAAGAUGACAACGGUUUCCACGGAGUAAAGCCACUGAGAUAAGCCCCGCCCACUUCUAAGGCGCGAAUGACGCGAAAAGCCUCAACGCUUUGGUGUGAACGCAGCAUAAGUCCCCACAAUGAGGUCAAAAAAGAAGCUUUUUAAAAACCUGAUUACAGCUGUCCGGUACAUAGGUGACAUUUGACCUCUCCAUGGAACCCAUCUGAAGCCUUAAAGUAAGAGCCGGGCAGCGAACCGCCGACCUCGCUCCGACUGAGCUCUGAUCGGGGCCUCAAACCGCUCUUCACUUUUCUGUGUUCGGUGUUUCCACCGAUGGACAGAAGCUCUUCGUCAGCCGAUCUAUACUGUUAACACUCACAAUCUACCCGAAAGUAAGCUAUACAUAUAAAUAUACAUAUACAGAUAUAUAUAUAUUAAAAAAAACUUCCAAACAGUGACUUAAGAUAUUUAUUUUUGUUGCUUUGUUGCUCUGUCAUCCUGUGUGUGUGUAUUAUAAAGUACACAACCAGAUGACUUUUUUUUUUGGCUACAGUCAUUGACGUAGAUAUAAAAAGGUGUAAAGUGUGUGUGUGCAUUUCAAACUGUUGUGUUUUUAAAUGUGUUUUCCUUUUUGUUAACAUUCUUGUUUUCUAGGGGAGGCUUUUUAGUUUUGUUGUUGUUGUUUUUUAAAGAGGGGGAAACUAUUUCGUAUGAACGAUUGCUGUUAUACUAAAGUCCAAAUUGGAGUUAUCCUAAAAAGAGAUGCCGACACAAAUGUUUUAUUAACUUAAAACCUGCCGAGAAAAUACAUCGUCCAAGUUUAGCACUUAAAAUGUUGAAGUAUUAGCCGUGUGUUUCACCUGUAUGGAAAUUGGACAGACAGAAUAAUGUGUGUAGGCGGGACUUACUAGCUCCUGUCAGUCAGCGUCAGUCAGGACCAGUCGGUAGCUGCUUCCCUCUAGUGGUGAUGAACGAGCAUCACACGAGGAACCACUGAGCUCUAACAGUGUUUUAGCUGUGACUUUAGUCAAAGAGGUUGAGGUCAUCACAUCACUGGCAACAUUAACUUUAAUUUUUAAUGCUGAUUCAUUUUUUCCUUUCAAAAUAUUAUUGUUUUUAAGCAAAAGUAUGAAAAAAAUGGAACUUUUCAGCUGCGCACAUAGUAUAAGGGCUUCCUAGUUUGGAUGACGUGAUUUCAAAAUAAUAACAAAAAGGCAAUUCUUAAGAUUUCGUUAGAAUAACCUAAAAUCCAUCUGAAGAUGAGCAUGACGUCGAUAUGACCUUUAAAGUCCCCUUCAAGGGCAGAGUAGAGGAGAUUAGGAGGCGCUCUAGGGUCCCCGGGCAGCAUGGUGUAAACUCAUUAAAUAAAGGAUAAAAAAAAAAAUUCACACACAAAAGAAGAAAAGAAAACGUCUCUUAGUUUUAGAUACACGCGACCAGAAUGUUCCGUUAUUUAUGAGCGAGCGCCUGCAUGUGACCUCAGCGCCGACCCGGUCCGAACGACGUCUGGAACACUACGAUCUAUGUCGCUCGCCAUCCGCUCGCCGAGAUGGCGGCCGGCCUGUGAGAUGAUGAGUGAAUGAGCUGCUGCCUGUUGAGAGCGUCUGUCCUCUUCUGUGUGCUUUGCUACGUUUUGGCUUCUACUGUUUCUGAUGGGGGAGAAAACAACACAUUAAAGAACAAAUCAACAUGCA